AGGCAAAAUUUAAAGGCAAGGCAAAAUAAAAUUUUAAAUACAAAGUGACAGACAAUGGGGUAAAACGUUGGCAGUGUUUUCACAAGACGGAAUAUUUGGGUUUCAAUCGAUACGACAAACUUGCAGAGUCUCUUCUCUCGAUAGGUAAGCUAAAUUUCAAGUUAAAAGUAUUCCUAAUAUGUUGGACCUUUGACUGAAAGUGUUCUACUUUUACCUUCAGUUUUCUAGACCCAUAAGAGCUGAGUUUGUAAUGUUUGAGUUAGGGAGGCUGAUGCGUGACAGAGACGUUUGUGAAGGUUGUUUUAAAGGUGACACUAGCAGCGCAGAAACUUCCUACCCUACCUUUAACUGACAGCGACAAGGAAAAUCUAAAUUUGUUAAUAUUUACAUAAUGACGCUGGGUCAGUGAAAACACUGGAGAUAUCUUCUUUAAAUGUUUGCCAGUUGAAUAAAAGUUCAAUAAAUGUUAAAUAAAUGUUUCUUGAGCACCAAAUCACCAUAUUAGAAUGAUUUCUGAUGGAUCACAAUGUGACAGUGAAGACCGGAUUAUGACUGCUGAAAGUAAAAUUUUUCCAUCACAGAAAUCACAUUUAAAAAUGUAUAAAAACAGAAAACAGUUAUUUUACAUUUUAAUAAUAUUUCACAAUAAUACUGUUUUUUUUUAUCAAAUAAAUGCACCAUUGGUGACUAAAAGUCUGUCAAAAACAUUAAAAAUGUUACUGACUUUUAGUGUCAUUAUAACUUUAAGUAUUUGAAACAUAAAGUCAUGAAAACAUGCUAUUUUGCACCUAUGUACAGUUAAUGAAAAUGUUACUAAUUAAUGUGACCAUCUCUUAUUUUUCUCCUCCCAUUUUCUUUUGCCCUGCCCCUGCAUACCCAGCCUUUCUGUCUUAUCUGCUGGCUCUCUCUACCUCUUUUGCUGGAGUGACUUCCACACUAGAGAGAUGGACUGAGCGAUAUUAUUCUAUUUACACAGAGUACAUAGAUAGAGAACUGUACAUUUCUAUACUAGUAUGAAAAUCAGAAACAUGCUUUGUGUGUCUCUUGUUGAGCAUAAGGAUGCAAUAUGGACCAACAUUCCAGAGCUUUUUGGGAUACUAAAGAAGAGAAGCAGCUGAAGUAUGACGGGCCAGUCGGCUGCUGAGGGAUCUCCCUGCUCUCGUCGUCUCUCUGUGCAAACUCAAGAGGACGGGCAGGACCGAGCAGAGAGUGUGCUUAGCAGGUCUCAGUCUGUGUGUGAUGACACCUCGUCUGAGCUGCAGCGAGUAGCUGCCUUAGAGCAUCAGGAUGCACCGUCCAGAAACUCUUUUAGGGGAAGAGGAGCCCUGUUCAGGUUGGUGAGUCUGGUGGUGAUUCUGAGAGACUGGGCACACCGGAGUCUUAUAGAGGAGGAGGAGAGACCUGAUUCCUUCUUGGAAAGAUUCCGGGGACCCGAAGUACGAGCUCCACCCAGUCGAACGAGCAACAACCAACCGGAUGCCAAUGGAAACACUAAAGGAAACACAAAGAAGCAAGAGACAUUUAUAGUUUCUCCCUCUGAUGAUAUUUACUACUACUGGCUGUUGUUCAUUGCCGCUGCUGUGCUUUAUAAUUGGGUACUGCUUGUGGCAAGAGCCUGUUUUGAUCAGAUGCAGACUGAGAAUCUUAUUGUCUGGCUGGUGUUUGACUAUUUGUGUGAUGCUGUCUACAUACUGGAUUCAUGUAUGCGGCUAAGGACGGGUUACCUGGAGCAAGGACUUCUGGUGAAGGACCUUGCAAAACUCAGAGACACCUACAUUCACACUUUUCAGUUCAAACUGGAUGUUAUCUCCAUCCUCCCUACAGACCUGGUGUACAUUAUCAUGGGCAUCAACACACCACAGCUACGCUUCAACCGCCUCCUGCGCUUCUCUCGUAUGUUUGAGUUCUUUAAUCGGACAGAGACAAGAACCAACUACCCAAACAUCUUCCGCAUCUGGAACUUGAUUCUCUACAUUCUGGUUAUUAUCCACUGGAAUGCCUGCAUCUACUAUGCCAUCUCGAAGUCUCUAGGUUUUGGUACAGAUCAGUGGGUUUAUCCCAACAUCUCAUCCACAGUGGAAGGAGCUCUGAGGCGGAGCUACAUAUACUGCUUCUACUGGUCCACACUGACACUGACCACAAUUGGUGAGAUGCCACCACCGGUACGGGAUGAGGAAUAUGUGUUUGUGGUGUUUGAUUUUCUUGUUGGAGUCCUGAUUUUUGCCACCAUUGUUGGUAAUGUGGGUUCCAUGAUUUCCAAUAUGAACGCCACAAGGGCAGAGUUCCAGGCACGGAUUGAUGCUGUUAAACAUUACAUGCAUUUCCGCAAAGUCAGUCGCCAUCUAGAGACACGUGUAAUCAAAUGGUUUGACUACCUGUGGACAAAUCAGAAAGCGGUGGAUGAACAGGAAGUCUUAAAAAAUCUUCCUGACAAGCUACGUGCAGAAAUUGCUAUCAAUGUUCAUUUAUCUACUCUGAAGAAAGUUCGCAUCUUUCAAGAUUGUGAGGCUGGGCUGUUAGUAGAACUGGUUUUAAAACUACGUCCCCAAGUGUACAGUCCUGGUGACUACAUCUGCCGAAAAGGAGACAUUGGAAAAGAGAUGUACAUCAUUAAAGAGGGAAAAUUAGCAGUUGUUGCUGAUGAUGGAGUGACACAGUUUGCAUUGCUAACAGCUGGGGGUUGCUUUGGCGAGAUUAGCAUUCUUAACAUUCAGGGUAGUAAAAUGGGAAACCGCCGGACGGCUAACAUUCGCAGCAUAGGCUACUCUGACCUCUUCUGCCUUUCAAAGGAUGACCUUAUGGAGGCUGUAACUGAAUACCCAGAUGCACAGAAGGUUCUGGAAGAGCGUGGAAGGGAGAUUCUAAGGAAGCAGGGGCUUCUGGAUGAAAGCACCCCACAGGGAGGGCUCGUCAUGGAUACCGAUGAGAAGGUUGAACGUCUGGAGAGCUCACUGGAUGUUCUACAAGCACGAUUUGCACGGUUGCUUGGGGAGUUCACAGUGACUCAAAGCAGACUGAAACAAAGAAUCACAGCGCUUGAGAGACAGCUGUGUCAUACAGGCCUUGGGCUUGUUUCAGAUCAAGAGAUGGACUUUGAGAGUAAUGGUAACACACCACGAGCCAACUCAACUACAUAGAUGUGUGCAUCUGCAUCAGAUUUUGUGCCUCUAUGUCACAGGAUUAUUAAGUGUUUAGCUGCACACUAAUUCAAAUU